UUAUCCUCGGCACCGCUCGCCACGACUUUAUCAUGACAUUUCUUCGGGCCACAUCGUUGUGGAAGGCCCUUUUUCUCCUGAUAUGGCGCCCUAUAAAAGCACGAACAUACGACCAAGGGACAGCUAAAAAUGUUCGGGACGAGAUAUUCAGUGAAGUCUUCGAGCUUGCGAGUCGAACGCUGCAUGAGCUACAGGAAAUGCGUGUGGAAGACGUCAGUGUAUUCAUCAAGACGUUGGUGCACGCAGGACUGUUCGAUGCUCUUGACGCUGCUCCUCCUCGUUAUGCAACCCGCCAAGAGCUUAUGGACAACUACCGCACUUCAUGGCACGUAAGCGGGGUGUUCACCGAUCUCGUAGAGGUCUGCCGUCGCAAGCCAUCACUCCUACUACUCAUUCGCGCACAACUCCCUCGAGCCGCCUCUAUGCGUGCAUUGCUCGACGCCGCAUCCGCUGGCGCCGACCGACCAUCGCCACCGGAGUUCAUUGAUGAAAAUGAGUUAAAUUGGGACGAAGAUAUACAUCUUCAGAAUUUACUCCAAUUGAAUCAUCUAUAUAGGGACUGUCUCAUGAACAGAGUCUGCGGGAGACGUGGAUGUAAGGGAAGAGUGACGGCGCGUUGCAGUGCAUGCCACAGGACUGAGUAUUGUGGCCCGGCUUGCCAGAAAAGAGACUGGGUCGAGCAUAGAUUGGUGUGCGGAUUCGCGCUCGUGCCCAUCUAUUGUUCAGACGAUGAAGAUGAGGUGGACGAUCUUGUCACCGAGCUGGAGCUACCUUUCAGGUUCAGAAGGAAGGACGAACCAACCAGUACGACCUGAC